UCAAGACAUAGAAAAACCGAUAUCCCCGAAUGCUUUGCUUUGAACAGCGACGUUUUGUUGUGCAAGAUGGCUCUCCUUCACAUGAUCGAACCAUUGCGAAAUCAUCCAUUUUGUGCUAUCAGUGGCUUUAUCUUGCUGCUGACAUUUAUCUAUGUUUUAUACCAACAGUUUAUUCACUCAUUAUCAAAGUACCCAGGCCCUUUUAUGGCUUCUUUGACCGAUAUCUGGCAGGUCUCUCAAUUCCUGUCCUUAAGACAACCAUAUCGCUUGACCGAGCUUCAUCAACGUUACGGCCCGAUUGUGCGAUAUGGACCCAACAAGAUUAGCAUCACUCAUGAAGAGGCUAUCUCUGCAAUAUAUCAGAAGAGUUCCCGCUCAAUGCCGAAAACCGAGUUCUAUGAUGCUUUCGGUGGAUUCCAUCCUAAUGUAUUUGGGACUCGAGACGAGGCGCAUCAUGCUGUCAGGCGUCGACACAUGUCGCAUUCCUUUUCUAUGACAAGUAUCAAGGAGAUGGAAUAUCUUCUUGAUGCAAAUAUCAACAUAUUGAGAGCAAAAAUCCGCCGACGCGCCUUGGCUGGCGAAACUUUCGAUUUAAAGAAGGCACUGCAUUAUUAUGUAGUCGAUGUGCUAUUCGAGCUGGCCUUCAGCGGAUCUUUCAAUGUACAAGAAUCAGAGGAUGACUCUCAAAUGCCACCAGUCAAGGAACACACUCUUCUGGGAUCAGCCAUCGGCGCCUGGACAAAUAUGCGUCUGGUUCUUAAGAAGUGGCUACCAAUGCUACCAUCGAAACGAGUUCAGGCGCUAUUCGACGGACGAAAAGCAUGCAUUGAACUUGCCUCAAGGAGUGUGCAAAAGCGGCUAAAUGACCUUGAAAUGGAAAAAGAUAAUGAAGUUGCAGGCAAAGGUCAACAACGGGACCUUUUGACACGACUCAUAUUGGCAAAGGAUCCGGAAACCGGUCAAAGGCUGACACAACAAGAUUUGGAGACAGAGGCCUUUGGUUUCAUCAUCGCGGGAACACAUACUACUACAGCGACAACCGCACUCCUCUUUUGGAAUCUUUUACAUAACCCCAAGUAUAUGAAUGAAUGCGUGAAAGAGAUUGACGCUAGAUUUCAUACCCUUGAGGAUAGUCAAUCGGCCUACUCUAUCGCUCAAGUGGAAGGAUCUCUGUCUUUCCUGCGUAAAUGCGUGAAGGAAAACUUCCGUAUCACUCCAGUAUUCACCAUGCCACUAGAACGCCGAGUUACAGCUGCCGAAGGUGUCUCGAUAUCCGGCCACCAUUUCCCACAAGGUACCAGCCUCGCAGUAUGCAACCAUGCGUUCCAUCAUAAUCCGGCAGUAUGGGGCGAAGACCAUAACAUAUUUGAUCCAUACCGGCACCAGAACAUCGAACACGGGAGUUCAUUGUUUCAUUUUGGUCUCGGGGGAAGGCAAUGUAUUGGUAAGAGCAUGGCUCUGGCUAACAUCUACAAAAUUAGCAGUACACUUCUAAAAGAGUUUGACUUUCAAUUGGCGGAUGAAGAGGAAAGAUUAGCGGUCGAACGCGGUCAUUUUCAUGGCGUCCUUCCGCAACUUAUCAGCGUAGGCGUUAGCGAUCUGGAGGGGCCUUUGAUGGUGAAAGCGAAGUUGAGGGACAUGCGCUUGAAGGUCUAA